AAGGACUGCAUUUUCCCUGUCUCAGCAUGCACUGAAGUGUAAAGUGAUGUUACAAACUUUCCGUUGUCUCCUUAGGAACUUGGUUGAAUUGUUCACCGUUGAGAGGAUUGCUAGAACAUUGUUUAAGAUACUGGCUUGGGCCUCCAUUUACAAAAAAGGAAGACAUGAGAAAUAAUCUUGUUAGUGUUGAAGAGGUAGUGUGGAUGAUACCGGUUUGGUCGCAGCAGGUCACAAAACUGGUGUCUUUUUCUGCAAAACAACAAACAAGUCAUUGGCUUUGUAAUUUACUGGCACCUGGUUCACUGUGUGUAUUAAUACUGUAAAGAGGAAGGAAGUCUAGGGUUUAACACCAUCUGCUUUCUGUCUCCUGCUUACUUUCAUACCCAGAGAGGAACGUUGCGAUUCAAGAGAACUUCCUUAUAUAUUAAAAGUAGAAUGCUUUAAUGUGACUAAUCUAUAUCUUGUCUACAUUUGUCUUUUGUCCCUCACUGAAGCCACACAAAGAUGAAAGGAGCAGCUAUGAGUUCAACAGCAGCAGCGAGGUUUUUUUUUGUCUUGCUUCUCUCUGUGCCAGUAAUGCAGGGUCAGAACUGGAGAGUGACUUACAAUCUUACUGAGAUAUGUACCUUAAAGGGAUCAACAGUGGAAAUAAGCUGCACCUACAGAUACCCAUCCAGAAUAAAUGGCCGUGACACUACAGUUGAAAAAACAAUUUGGUUUACUCAAGUAAGUGAUCGUGAGCCUGUGGAUCUGAGAACGGACUCAGAGUAUUCAGGCCGUGCGCGGUAUCACUGCGGUAAGAACAGCUGCACUCUGAGAAUCUCAGACCUGAGAAAGAGAGACUCAGCUAAGUACUAUUUCAUGUUCACAACAAACCAAGAAGGUGGAAAAUAUACCAGUUCACCUGGAGUCACUUUGUCUGUCACAGAUCCAGAUCUACAGGUUCAGGUGAAACCAAUAGUCCACCAGGGUUAUACCAAGGCAGAGCUGAAGUGUCACAGCGCUUGUCGUCUCCCUGAUCAUCCUUCCUACAUCUGGUACAAGAGUGGACAAGAAAUUGAAGCACAAACAUCUUCUUUUACAACCUCCUUUGAGUUGACAGACAGCUAUACCUGUGCUCUUAAAGGACGUGAAGAUUUCCCCUCUCCUUCAGUGUGUGUCCAUGGUCAGCACUGCCACAGAGUGCUGUACGCUGAAAGAAGCGUCUGUGCCUUCAAAGGCUCAUCAGUGGACAUUUAUUGCAUGUACAGCAGUGUUGAAUCUAUCACAUCUAAGUUCUGGUUCAGUCCUGAACGUAGUCAUCAGUGGCAGAGUGUGUCCCAGCCUGAAGACCUUAGUACAGACUCCCAGUAUACAGGUCGUGUUCAGGUCAUUGAAACAUGGAGAGGAUACUCCACUCUGAGAAUCUCUGACCUGAGAGAGAGAGACUCAGCUGAGUAUCACUUCAAAUACAUAACAACAAGCUUUGAAUGGAGGAGUAGUUUACCUGGAACAACUCUGACUGUCACAGAUCCAGAUAUGCAGGUGCAGGUGAGGAGAUCAUCUUGGUAUACUUCCUGGGCAGAACUGAAGUGUCACAGCCGUUGUCGUCUACCUCAUUAUUCUUCCUACAUCUGGUACAAGAACGGACAGAAAGUUCAGAAAAAAACAUUGUAUUCUUAUUCAGUCUACUUGGAUCCUGCAGACAGCUAUUCCUGUGCUGUAAAAGGACAUGAGGAUUUCCCCUCUCCUUCAGAGUGUGUCCAUGGUCAAUUAUGCAACAGAGUGACGUACACUGAAAGAAGCAUCUGUGUCUCCAAAGGCUCUUCAGUAAACGUUUCUUGCAUGUACAACAGUUACCUAGAUCAAGUUAAAUCUACACUCUGGUUCAGUCCUGAACAUAGUUCUCUGUGGCAGAAUCCUUCCCAGCCUGAAGACCUUAGUACAGACUCCCAGUAUACAGGUCGUGUUCAUGUUGAAACAGAGAGAGGACGCUCCACUCUGAGAAUCUCUGACCUGAGAGAGAGAGACUCAGCUGAGUAUCACUUCAAGUUCAUAACACCAAGAUUUGAAUGGAGGAGUAUUUUACCUGGAACAACUCUGACUGUCACAGCUCUCCGGGUUAAGGUGAACAGAAACACAGUCUACCCUUCUUAUACCUAUGCAGAGCUGACGUGUCACAGCAGCUGCAGUCCAGCUGAUCGGCUUUCCUACGUCUGGUUCAAGAACGGAGCGAGAAUCAUGAAGGAGGAAAGUUCUUCAUAUAAAGACCAGUUUUAUCUUGGAGACAGCAUCUCCUGUGCUUUGAAAGGACAUGACCAUUACAGAUCUUUGGCAGUGUAUGCUUUGAAGGUUCCCUCUGUGUCAGUGAGUCCCUCUGGUGAAAUCAUGGAGGGCACUUCAGUGACUUUGACCUGCAACAGUGAUGCUAACCCAGCAACUACUUAUACCUGGUACAUGGAGAACCAAAAACUUCUCAACAAAGAACCACAGCUUGUCUUCAGUUCCAUCCAGUCCUCUGACUCUGGAAAAUAUUACUGUGCAGCUGAAAACGAGCUGGGAAAGAGGACAUCUGAAUACAUCUUUAUUAAUGUGAAAUAUGCUCCAAAGCGUGCCUCUGUGUCAGUGAGUCCCUCUGCUAACUACACCUGGUACAAGGAGAACCAAACACUGCUUCAAAGACCAGAAGACAUCUAUAAUUUCCCCUCCAUCAGCUCUGAGGACAGAGGGAACUACUACUGCAAGUCUGAGAAUCAGCACGGAGAGUUAGCCUCUAAGUCUGUAUUUAUAGAUGUUCAGUAUGGUCCAAAGCUUCCCUCUGUGUCAGUGAGUCCCUCUGCUGAGAUAGUGGAGGGCAGAUCAGUGAAUCUGACCUGUAGCAGUGAUGCUAACCCAGCAGCUAACUACACCUGGUACAAGGAGAAUGAAGACUCACCAAAAGCAUCAGGACAGAUCUUCACCAUCACUGACUUCAGAGCUGAACACAGUGGGAAUUAUUACUGUGAAGCCCAGAACAGAAGAGGACGUCAGAACUCCACCUUACAUCUGAUUGUUGUAGCAGGAGCAUGGAAAUCAUUAGCCGUUGGAACAACCGCUGCUGUUGUCCUGGCUGUCAUACUGCUCUCUGGUUUUAUGUUGGCUAGAAAGAAGAGGGCUUUCAAGCAAUCACCUGAGCCUAAAGAGAGACCAGGGGAACAGUAUCUAACUACUCAGAGACAGCUGGACAAUGGGCAGGAGGACCUUCACUAUGCCAGUGUCCAGUUCUCCAAGAACCAGCCAGAGUCUCUCUACAUCAGACCAGCUCGGCUCCACAGACCGAAGGAGGAAGAGAGCGUUGUGUAUGCUGCGGUCACAUUUAAGAGAAGUCAGACGGGGAGGAUUCAGCUGUAGUGUUGACGAACUGACCGAAGAGCCGGUUAAUUAACCCGACUCGUGUCACUGAGCCGGGAGAAUCGAG